UGCCGGCGCGGUGCGCUCCACUCAACUCGCGGCCCCGGGAGCCGGUUUGUCAGGGCCAGCGCAGGGCACCUCCCUCCGCGCCCCGGCCCGGGGCCCCUUCCCUCCGGCGCGGAGGAAGGGGAGCCCGGGGCAGCGAUGGAGGGGCCGUUCCACCUGCUCCGCGCCGGGGAGGAUGCCGUGCGGGGAGCCACGGCAGCCAGCCACGACGGCCUAUUACCAGAUGAGAGAGAUUUUCAAUAUGCCGCUAAACUGAACAAUUUGGAAGCCAUGGAAAGACUGUUUAAAAAGAACGUUAAUAUAAAUGCUGUAGAUACUCUGAAGCGCACUGCAUUCCAUUUUGCUGUUGCAAGAAGUCAUAUAUCAGCAGUGGAUUUUCUUCUCCAUCACAAAGCUAGACUUGAUAUAGCAGAUCAGCAUGGCUUGACAGUGAUUCAUCUUGCAGCUUGGACUGGAAAUCUGGAUAUAAUGCGAAAAUUAGUUAAAGCAGGCGCUGAUCAAAAGGCUAAGAAUGAGGAAGGAAUGAAUGUACUGCACUUUGCAGCUCAGAACAACAGCGUUAAAAUCGUUGAUUAUUUUCUCCAAGAUCUUCAUCUGAAUGACUUGAACAGGCCUGAUGAGAAAGGUAGAAAGCCAUUUCUUCUGGCAUCUGAAAAAGGCCAUAUUGACAUGAUAAACAAUUUGAUUACUCUGAAGCUGUUUACAUCUGAAAAAGAUAAGGAGGGAAACACAGCAUUGCAUCUAGCAGCCAAAAACGGUCACAGUGAAGUUGUAGAAAUUCUGCUUGAACAGUGGGAGGACGUAAAUGACCCCAAUCAGAACGGAGAAACUCCAUUUUACUUGUCUGUUGAAGGAGGUCAUGAAAAAUGUGCUGAACUCUUACUGGAAGCAGGGAGUGACAUCAACAUUUUAACUCAAAACAAUAGCAGCGCUUUGCAGAUUGCAAUUCAGAAUGGACAUCUAUCCUUGGUUACUUUUCUUAUUGAUAAGAAUAUUGACCUGGUUCCUAAACCCGAGCAGCAGAAUUCCCCUCUCCAUUUAGCAGUCAUCAAUAAUCAUCUACUGGUAGUAAAAAGCCUCUUGGAUGCUGAUCAUGACAUAAACUCCUUAAAUCACAGGCAGGAAACCCCUCUACAUCUGGCAGCCGAUCUUGGCAAUGUGGAGCUGGUGGAGGUGCUGCUGAAGGCAGGCUGCGAUCUCAAGACCAUGGAUAAGCAUGGAAAAACUGCUCUAGCUGUGGCAUCGAGGAGCAAUCAUGCCCUCAUUGUAGAUAUGAUCAUUAAAGCAGAAAGGUAUUAUGCCAUGAAACAGGAACAUCUAGCUCGUAGUGAUGACAGGUCAGACUUCAGCUUGUCCUUCAAACAAGACCACAGCACACAGACCAAGCAAAUCCGUUCCUCCCUGUGGAAUCUAGCAUACAACCAGCUAAAACCACAGGAAUGGAAAAAAAUGGCCCUGUUCUGGAAGUUCACAGAUGAACAAAUUAAAGCUAUUGAAGAACAAUGGACAGGGAAAAAAAGUUAUAAGGAACAUGGAAACAGAAUGUUGCUCAUCUGGUUACAUGGUAUAUUGCUGACUCAUCAGAAUCCUGUCAAGCAUAUAUAUGAAGAUCUGGUGGAAGCAGGAUUUCAGCCUUUAGCUGAGAAGAUCAGAGCUGCAAGUACCACUGACAUGGACUCCAGAAAAUGUGCAAUUUCAUGAGUUCAUCAAUAAAGCAUGGCAUAUAUGAUGGAAUUUCAUGCCACACAGAAAGUGACUUUCAAGGUCAAAUAAUAUCUUUUCUGGAAACAAAAAUCUAUUUUGAAGUUGUAUGACUUUUUCCAAGCUAGAAGAACUUACACUCCUGAAAUAUUGGUUAGUUCUCAUAUGCUUGCUAUGCAAUGAUUUAAAGAGUUUAAGAGUGAAUUUCUGGCUGGUAAUAUAUGAUUAUACUGCUAACCAAGAACCACCCCCCCUAUAAUUUCUACACCUGGCUUAACACUGAUACACUAACUCUGUAUUGAAAUGGAAAAUUAAGCUAUUUUGUAUUUGACAUUAAAUGUAAAUGAGAUGUUUUCUACAUGAAAGAAAUUAAGAAGUGAAAAUUGUGUACAAAUAACACUUCCAGAAAUAGGUCUCAUUUGGUUUCAGGUUUUUAUAAAGCCUUGCUAGGGUUGUAGUGUUCCUGUCUGAGGAGCGCUUUUCUCUUGUUUAAUUAGUGCUAGGAUUAGGACAAGUCUUUCUUCUUCAGCAUUUGAUUUAUGUAGUAAAAAUACACAAAAAUGUAAUCUCUAAAGCCAUGUGUGGCUGGCUGCAGAAUUUUAUAUCAUGGCAUAACCGUGUAUAUAUACUCAAAAAAAUGAGCAUUUAAUAUUUAAUUCUUAACACAUUUAGCAAUUUUUACCUAUUACAUGAUUAUGUCUUGAAUUAAUAUUUGGUAGUGUCUUGCUGAACACGUUUAAAGGUUUUCUUGUAAUUUAAUAUAUUUCUUCCAAUCUGAAAAAUUAUUUAAAAUGUCUAUCUUCAUAUUCUUGUCUAUAAGAAAGUAGCAAUAGUUUUAUCAUGUAAGGGAGAAUUGAAUUGCCUUGUCUAUAUAUGUAGCAUUAUUUUGUAUUAAAUGAUGAUCUGUAUCUUAGUCUGAAGUCUUACGUGUAACUGCCCUCUUGUGUGCAACCUGUUUUGACACAGCUGUUUUCACAGAGCAUCACAGGAAUAUGAAGAACAGAUUGGUAAAUCGUCAGGUUUUGCAGUUAGGUAUCUAAGAUCACAAAUUAUUAGAUCUUGACAGGUAUGCAUCAAGUUCUGCAACACUAGCCUGAAGAAUGUUUAACAGUUUGAUGGACUCGAUACCUCACCUGGCCCAAGUCGCACCCUGGGAGUGAAGGAGCAACCCUGUUAUUCUUCGUUUAACUAUGCUGUUCUAGGAUAUAAUUAAAAUACAUGUCAAUUACACUUAGUUGCACAAGCAACUAAAAGCACGUUUAACAAAAAUAAAUUUAAUUUUCAU